AAUAAUAAUAAAAAUGUCAAUUAUUGGUAUGACUAGUAAUUUAUUAAAUAGAUGGAAUGGAGUUUUAAAACUAAGCAACUUACCAAAGAAUGAAGUAUCUGAUAAAUGGUGGAAUAUUAUCAAUACAAGAUAUACUGAAAAGCAAAGAUACUAUCACACAUUAACACAUAUCAAUGAAUUAUUAAAAUUAGAAGAGCAAUUUUCAAGUAAAUUAAAAUCACCAGAAACCGUCCAAUGGGCAAUAUGGUUCCACGAUAUUGUUUAUGACCCAACUAAACAUGACAACGAGGAUCAAAGUGCACAACUAUUCAAAGAGUUUUCAAAUGAUUUAAAACUAUCAAAUGAAUUAACUACAAGAGUUUACAACUAUAUUAUGGCUACAAAGAAUCAUACCUCAGUUCAAACUAAUGGAGACUCGGAUUUAGAUUAUUUCUUGGACUUUGACCUAUCAAUUUUAGGCACUGACAGAGAAACCUAUGACCAAUAUAGCACCUCCAUCAGAAACGAAUAUAUUCAUAUACCCGACCAUCUCUUUAAGGAGGGACGUUCAAAGAUACUACAAAAAUUUAUUGAUGCUGGUUAUCAAUCUUUAUUCAGAACAAAUGAAUUUAGAGAAAUAUAUGGAAAAAACUCUAUUGAAAAUUUAAAAUUUGAAUUAAAUAAACUCUCUCAUUAAGUUUAUUUUUUAUUUUUUAUUUUUUUUUAUUUUUUAUUUUUUAUUUUUAAUUUUCACCAAUUACAUUAAUAAAUAUCUUGGCACAUGCACGAAAACAAAAACCCAACUAACCAUUUUUAUAAUAAAAAAACAAUAAUAUGGUUUUUUCCAUCAAUUUCUAAAAAAUUUUACAAAAAAAAUAAAAUAAAAAAAAUAGGAGAUUCCAUUACCUCUUUUACUAU